UUUAAUUUCACUUUACCACAUUAAAACUUGCUAUUUUAGGUGCUCUACAACAUACAGAUUCAGAGACAAUUUAGCAAAGAGAGGAAAUCAGUUGAAAUGAGAUUUUAAAUUCGUCGUCAUGGCAACAGGGGCGGAGCUAGAGGUGGAGAAGAUCAAGCAGCUGGAGGCGCGGAUCAGGGCCCCCUGUGUGUGGGGCCGCGUGCCCUGCGGGGUUCGGUUUGAGGACCUCCAGGACACCAGAUAUGACGCCGCCAUACAGUUCCUGAGGAAGCAUUACUUGAAUGAGGAGAUAACCUACAAAUCUGUUAAAAUUCUCGACGAUGAGGAAGGUACGGAGGAGUUUUUGAGCAACGCCAAGAUAUGGCUGAAGGAUAAAAUGUCCAUCGCUGCGGUGAAAGAAGGUACCGACAAGCUAGUCGGACUACUGAUUAUGAGGAUACAGGAGAAAAACGCAUUCUCGAGAACUUUCAGCAAAGUGAAAUUCACGUACAACGAGAGAUACACAACAGUUAUGAAGUUCUACCGGGAUGUGGAGCAAGAUACCAACUUGUUUGAGGAGUUGGGGGUGCGGAGAUACUUCAAAAUUUAUGUUCUGGCGCUAAAACCGAGAUAUCGACACAGAGGUAUAGCGAAGGAGAUGUUGAGAUGCACCAAAGGGCUGUGCGAGAGCGCGCAAGUUCCCGCCCUAGCUGGUAUCUUCACGACCGCCCGGAGCCGGCAGAUAGCUGACGAGAUCGGCUUCCAGAAGAUCAAGGAGCUGUACUAUACGCGAUAUCUUGUUAAUGAGAAGAGAGUAUUCUGGGAUACCGGUCUCGGUAACUACGGAGCAGCUCUCAUGGCGUACCGGAUACCGGAUAUUGAGGAGCCAGUGGAGGUAGAGACCCAGGCGUCAUCCAGGUUCAGCAUCAACACCAAUGAGGAGGCACCAGAAGAAAACUGAGGAAAAACUUGGAGUAUACUU